AAGUUUUUAAUGGUGAAAAAAAAAAACACUUUCUUUUCUCUGUAGAUCUUGAUUUCGAGCUCCACAAGUCAAGUAUGUCAGCUCCACCUCUAUAUGCUGGAACAACAAGUAAACCACCUCCAUAUACUCAACUAAAAGAGGAAGGUCCUCCUUCAUAUGGAUCAAUUGCUCAACAUCCUACUUACCCAGGAGGACAACCACCUGCUACUGGCUACCCCCCACAGCCAGGUUACCCACCCCAAGGUGGUCCCCCACCCAAUGGACCUCAGUACUACCCACCCCAUCAACCUGUAGUAGCUCGACAGACAACCUAUACAACACAGGUAGUGGUGGUUGGGGGUUGUCCUGCAUGUCGGGUUGGUACCCUGGAGGAUGAUUUCACACUUCUUGGUGUCUGCUGUGCCAUCGUCUUCUUCCCUCUUGGUAUCCUUUGCUGUUUGGCCAUGAGACAAAGAAGAUGCCCUAACUGUGGUGCCACUUUUGGAUGAUGCAGUUUUGCAGAACUUCUUCUAAUGAAACCUGUAAUUGUCAUUGACUGAUAAAAUCUUGUAAAUCAACAUCACUCUUCAGCUUUAUUGAAAUGUCAGAUUCUGUUUAUAUUGAAAACUGAAAACAAAAUUGAUGUUUUUAUUUUUUUUAAUAUGUGUACAUUGUGGGCCCUACUGCAAGCAAGUUUUGAACAUUUGUACAUGUAUGUAUGUUUGAGGAGUGAAACUUAUUCAUUAAACAACAAGUUCAUAUUUUGUGAAAUUUACUUGUCAUUUAUGAAUAUAUAAUCACUAUUGAUAAAUAGUCAUCUCAUGAGAGUUUUGUUGAAUUGCAUUCAACAGCAAUAAAGGAGAAGUCCAACCACAAAGAAGAUUUAUUUGCAGUAAGAGAGCAAAAUCAAAGAAGCAUAAUGCUAAGAGUUUUAUACUUUCAUUGAAAUCCGAUUGUAAAUAAGAGAGUUGUAUCAUUAAUUUUUCGCAUAACAGUCAUAAGAGACCACGGUGAUAUUUUUGUAUUGGGGGACUUCCACUUAAACUGCAGUCAGACCGCAGCUCGCGCGAUAAUGAGCAUAUUCACAGAAAUUUAUUCAGCGGCCCUCUAGCGGUCUCCGAAGGAAAACGUGCGAUCAAUUUGGCUUGAUUUUCCCACUGAAUUGGAGGGGCUGAAGUUAUAGCUCUGUACUGGUCGCUAACUUCAGUUUACGUCGAAACGAAUUGUGGUAAGUUAUUCUCAAGACCUUCAUCUACAGUUUGGUAUAUAAUUUUCCAUAUUUCGACAUUUUCAACCUACCAGUUUUACCUCUUUAAUUGAUGCUUAUUUUAGUAAUAUUUUAACUGCGAUUUUGUAGUCGGAAUUUCACUUUUGGUUCCUGACUUUGCUACAUAACCAAAUUGUUUCGAUCAGGAUUUUUUAGAAAGAAGAAAAGUCACUGUUCAAAAUAUGUCAGAACCAACUUGACGCAAACUCACCUUAUAUUUUUAUUUUAGAGAAAAUGAUACCCUAAAAAUCGAGAAAUUUACGUUUUACCCGGAAGUAACCUUCUCGUUCACUCCACGAUGGCGCGAAAUAAUGCCAAAAUUACGUUCGUCGCGGGUUGGUAGAAUUUCGCCUUUGGUCCCGUACGUUGAAACUUCUGUAAUGAUGGCAGAUGGCUCGCAUUAUAUGUGUCUGUGGACGGUGGACUUGUUUUUUUUAAAUUAAGACUCAAUAUAAACGAAGCUUAAUAAGUAGAUCCCUUCUAAAGUUUUAUUCAAUGAUUAUCAGGUUUCCGAAUUCCAGCAAGUUUUUAUUAUAGAUUGAGAUAUUUCUUGAUUUAUGUUGAAAAUUGUUAACCUUUUUUCUUAAUUAGUCGAAGACGAAGUUGAGCCCCAUGACCAUGAUUUUUGCCCCAGCCCAGGCUGCGGUUAAGAAUUAAAUGAUGAUUAGCUCAGACAGUCUACUCUAGAGACUAUAAACAGUUUAAAGUCAAACUAAAAAGUCUGGUACUACCGUACUCAGUUAGUAGUAUUUAUAAACCAUUUUGUUCAAAUAAAAAAAUUGUGGCUGUCACAGACAGUACUUAGACUUAACUUAGUUAGUCUCUUAGACUUAAUUGAUGUACAUGUAACAUCAAGUAAUCAAGUAAGUGAAGAACCAUCUUUACAAGCAUACAUGUAUGUAAUAAUGCUUUGUACAUACCGUAAAUGUAAUGUAUACCUACAUGUACAGGUACCUAAUUUUUAUAUAGAUUUUAAAGCGAUUCAAACCAUUUUGAAUUUUCAAAUAAUUGGCACUGAAAAGAAUUUUGUAUUCUCUGAUGAACUGAUACUACAGCUCUCUAGAUAAGUUUUUUUAUUUUCAUAUCAAUAAUACGCCUCAAUGCUCUGUCACAUAUACUGCAGUUUCCAUGUAAGUAAACAAAUACAUGUAACAUAAUUCAUACUUUGAAUGGUUAUUUAGUAAUUUAGACUAUUUCUCUCUUUAUUUGUCUCUUCUACACACAGAUCUGCAUACUUGCUGACUCUGGUCUCUGCUUGCUACUUCAUUCUGGGAGAGUCCAUCAUGUACUAUAAUGGUCAGACCAUGAUUUCGACAAAGCCCUUAUUUCGUUUGCAAAUUUUGGACUGAUACAACAUAAAAUUUAUCUUUAUCGAUAUUGGAAACAAAAAAAUUAGAGCACAGUUUUGGGGAGGACUAAGAAUACUGACUUGGACAGGAAUACAGCUUGACAAAAAUAAAAAUUCACAAUUCAAAACCAAAGAACAUUUUUAAUGUUACUAAUAGUGCAUUGCAAGAAACUUUCUACUCAAUCACACAUUCCAAAAUUAAGGGUAAGUCCUUUGAUUAAACACAAACAUGUAGUUGAUUUGCAAUUGAAAUUGAACAUAAGUUUCUUGCAAUGCCCCAUAAUCAUAUUUUGUUCUCAAGCAACUCUGUUAUAUGUUAUCUAAUGUGCUGAAGGUUAAGUGCCAUGUAUGUUCACAAUUUUUUUUUCUCGAAGGUAUAAUAUAUUUGUCCUUUUAAACGGUAUUUGAAUGUGGUUACGCCUUGUUUUUGUUUUCCACAGUAAUUAUUGCAUAUAUGAACAGAAGUGAAAUAUUUGUUGUGAAGCACUGUAUGAAUGUUGUGUGAUCAUGGAGCUAUGGUGUAAUGGUAUUAUAAUUAAUUCAUCAUUUUUGUUAUAAGACUGUAAACCUGGUGGAUGUGAGGGAGUGGCCUGGAUGAAAGGAAAGUGAGCAUGUGUCCAAUUACGGAUUUGCAUAUGUUUAGACAAUUUUGUUCGUGGAUAAAUAUUAAUGUGCAUUCCCUAUUCCAAGCAAAGAGUAAAGGAGAAGUCCACCCCACCAAAAAAUUAAUUUGAAUUUAAAGAAAAAUAAAGUAUUGCAGAAAAUUUCAUAAAAACUAUGAUUCAAAAUUAAAAAAUUACUAUUUUGACAUUGAGAAAUUUGCCUAAUUUUAUAAAACAAUUAUAUGCUCAUCUUGGUCAAUGUGCAAAUUACAGACCCGAUUAUGUCACAAGCACUCUAAUUUCUUGUGUAUUUUUUUGUUUGAUACAUGUACAUGACAUGUAUAUUUUAUUUUAAUUUUCAUUAACAAAUUUUGAGAGGGAUUUUAAUUCCUCCAUUAACAUUCGUAGUUUCCAUAAAUGUAACCUAUUGUGAUUCGAGGAAGAUUUUUUAGAUCAAAUUUGCUAAAAUUUAUAUAAUAAAAAUGCAACAAAAAUUUAAAAAGUAAUGUGAUGUGAGUGACAUAAUCAACUCUAUUUGCAUACCAUUGUUUUGUGUAUAUAACUGUUUUGUGUUAAAAAAGGGAAAUUUCUGUAUUUAUUCAAAUAAUUUUUUGUUGAUGUGCACUUGACCUUUAACUCACUUCCCUUCCCACCCCUGCCCAAAUAAGUAUAAUCAAGAACUUGAAAAUCAAAAGCAGUGAUUAAGAAGAAGUAAGAAUUAAUCAUAGAGCUAUUAAUAGCUCCAUGAUUUAAUAAAUACAGGCCUAAAUAGAACUUCACAUGAAAGUAAAAAGAGAAUAAAGCUGGGUAGGAACGAUGAAGGAAUAUGAUUUAAAGAAAAAGCAUAAACAUAUCCCCAUCACCCCCCCCCCCCCAAAAAAAAAAAAAAAAAAAAAAAAACAGUCCGGCGGGUUCGAACCAGGGUCCUUGCACACGCCAAAACAAUGCGCUUACGCAAUUUGCCAUCGAUCUCUUUCAUACUAUUUCUGGGUUUUUUAAGCUAUAUGUAAUGUUGCAAGUCUGUGCGCCGCUGUUGACCAAUCAGAACGCGUCGGCAAUUCUACUGCAAUUCCAAUCAUUUUGCGAUGGACAUUGCCGUGGUUUUUUGUGGUUCCUGACUUUGCUACAUCAUGAAAUUUUAUAAUUCUUUUUCAGUCGUAAAGAAGAAUGUCUACGCUUUAUAUUGAUUAUAAUAUCAAUUUGACGCAAGUGUAAUUUCGGUGCAAAAAUGCGCUCUGUUUAUUCACAUAUAUUUCUUGAAAAAAAUCAUUUUUUCUAAGCUAAAUAUUGGUCUUCAAAAUACAUUAAAUGUGCAUUUUAUUUAGCUGAUCAGAAAUUUCAAAGUUUUAUCUAUAAAAUAAGACCAAUUUUGUGAGGAAUAAACGAUUCUAAGAGCAAAAAACACCGAUCGGAAAGUUCGUCUUCACAGCUCAUUACGUAUGCAUAACCACGGACGGCUAUGCAUACCGCUGAAUAAAAUAGAGCACUUUUGGACGGGCUGCGGACUGACUGAACUGGGGAAUGUUGAACUAAGGCCAGUGUGUUACUUUGAGAGUCUCUCUGUAGCUUUAAGAUGAAAUCCCUUUUUAAUCCCCUUCUUAGUCCCCAUUUCAAUCCACUUUUCCUGUCUUGACACAAUAGCAGUGGACUCUGAAAGAAGCCAUGGUCCAUGAUGUAAUCCUUUACUCUAAUCCAUGGAGUCUUUGUAGAAGUCUCAUACUUCAAUAACUUCACAAAGACAAGAUACCAGUGUCAUAAUAUUCUUCCCUUUUUUCAUUUAAAAUUUCAUCUGGAUCAGACAAAACAAUACAAAUCAGUAUCUACAUUGUAGGAAAAAUCAAUUGCAAAGAGUAGUAGGGACUACAGCAACAUUUAUUUAUUUUUCUUAUGCAUACCUCAUAAAAUCUUGUAGAUUAUUGGUAAUUCUGUCCGAGUUCAAACAGCUUAAAGGAUAAGUCCACCCCAACAAAAAGUUGACUUGAAUAAAAAGAGAAAAAUCCAACAAGCAUAACACUGAAAAUUUCAUCAAAAUCGGAUGUAAAAUAAGAAAGUUAUGACAUUUUAUAUUUUCGCUUAAUUUCACAAAACAGUUAUAUGCACAUCCUGGCUGGUAUGCAAAUGAGGAGACUAUGACGUCAUCCACUCACUAUUUCUUUUGUAUUUUAUUAUAUGAAAUAUGAAAUAUUCUAAUUUUCUCCUCAUUGUCAAGUGAUACAACGAUUAAUUCCUCCCUGAACAUGUGGAAUUAUCAUUGUUUAAUACUAUAUGGUUCAGUCAAGUUGGUCCUUAUUGUCAAAUCUAUAAAAAAUGAAAUAUUGUAUAAUUCAAACAUUAAAAAACAAAAGAAAUAGUGAGUGAUGGACAUCAUCGACCGAGUCACCUAGUUGUGCAUAUCACUGUUUUGUGAAAAAUAAGCGAAACUUUAAAAUUUCAUAACUUUCUUUUUUUACAUCCGAUUUUGAUGAAAUUUUCAGCACUAUGCUAGUUUGAUUUUUCUCUUUUUAUUCAAGUCAGCAUUUUCCUGGGGUGGACUUGACGUUUAAGUAUUGAAUGGUAAGGGUUUUGGUAACACCAUGUAACACCAAACUCUACAAUAAUAAAGUUCUCUGAUUGCAUUCAAUUUCAGGGUAAACCAAUGAUGUUUGAUAGCCUCUUAGACCUGUGUUUCAUAUAGCAUGUCAGGGGCAAUAUCCAAAGACAUUGAUGUACAAAUACUGCCCCAGAUUAAACCAUUGUGGUACACUACUUUCAUCACAUCAUGAUUAAUCUCAUUUCUGAUCCUCAAAUUGGCAACUAUUAUUCAUUUCCUACCGAUUCAUUUUCUGAUUGAAAAAAAAAACAUGGAUAUACACUGUAACAUGGGUCUACAUUCAAAUGACUAAUAAAAUCAUUUGGUUGCCAUGAUGAUUAAUUGUUGGCAUCAAUGGAAAGACCAGAUGGGUUGAAUUAAUCACUUUACAACUCAUUCUUGGUUAGAUGAUCAUAGAGAUAGACUUUACAACCAAAAUCACAAAGAGGGUUUAGAAUUUGUAGCCAGAAACCAUGGUUUAUGCAGAUUUCAUGCACUUGCUACUAAGAUCACACAGCAUUAAUGAGCUAACUAUUUCAUCUCAUCAUGUCAAAACAGUGGACUUACCGGUACUCAUGAUGUAACAAGCAUAAUUCAAGAUGUCUAUAUAGGCCCGUAUUCUGAAGUCAGGUUUAACUUAGACCACGGUCUAACACUGCUAAAAUUAUGGGAAGCCAAAAGUUCCAAAAUUCUGUUUAUAUUGUAUAUUUCUUAUGUUUACUAUUUUGUUUCCUUUUGCUUUCAUAAUAAAGAAAAAUAGUUCAGUAAUCAUUCCCAGACAAUUAUGAACAAUUUGGGUAUCGGGUAUUUGGGUAUCGGGUGUCAUAUGAGUGAAUAAAUUGAAUGUGUACUAUUAGGGAUUUGUGCUCCAAUUGGCUCUCCAUAGUCAAACCACAACUUUAAACCAGGGUUUAAUUUAAACCAGAGUUCAGAAUACGGGCCCUUGAGUAAAAAUAAAUACACGCUUUCAUCACAGUGCGCCUAAUUGAUCAAUUUAUCACACUGUGAUCAUGAAAGCGUGUAAUUUAGUGCACUGUGAUGAAAAUGUGUAUUUAUUUUUACUCUUUAUAGACAUCUUGAAUUAUGCGUAAUACUAAUCGAUGCAUGUACAUGUAAUUCUAAAUAUGGUUUCAAUCAAAAGAUUAAAAAACUAUCUUUGUGAAUUUGGGUCUUUGUGGAUAUCUCUAUGUCUAGUUAAUGACUGUGCAAUAGAUAGAGUUCAGGCUGUUGUAUGAAAAGAAUUAUUAUUCUACAUCGAUGUAGAUAAGACUAUACUGUGACAAAGAUUGUAAUUUUACAUAGAUAUACUAUGAAAAAGAUAAUUCUGUAUAGAUCAGGCUGUACUAUGAAAAAAAUUACAAUUCUACAAAUCACAAGUAUACAUGUAGUUCAAACUAUUAUUUUCUAAUUUAAGGUCCGGUAUAUAGUAUAGGUUAUUUAUAUUGAACACUGAAAUUAUUAUUUGUCCGAAGUUUGAUCUGAGCUCUGAAUCACAAAAGAGAUGUAAUCAACAUUUUUUUUAUUUUCUUUGCAUAUUCAAUAGACUUUUAAUAAGUUAUCCUUAAUUGUACAUAACUGAUGUUGUUUACCUGGUUCAUGUCUAAUUAUACAUGUAUUAGACCAUCAGUCAUUGUUGUAGCAGUGCUAAUAUACAAAUCAAGCAGCUUUUUUUUCAUUAAUAAACCACCUGUUUUAUUCACCAUUUUGUAUUUUACUCUUCUAUAGUUGCAUUUAGAACAUUUUACUCAGGAUAACAAAGUUCUCUUGCGAAAUACCAUUUCAAGAUUGUAUUAUUUCUUUUAUUAGUUAGAGAUAUUAUACAGUCAUAAUUGUUAGGAAUGGGAAUGAGAUUUAAAAGUGGGAAAAUAAGGUUUAAAAGCAGCGAAUUGACAAGAACUAUGACCGAUAAAGGUUACAUGUACUAAUUAAUAUGAGACUUGGUCUAAAAGCUGAAAAUAGCUUUCAAUAGUCUAGCUAUCACCUAUCGAUUGUUCAUCAUUUAUGUAAUUGCCACAUGUAUGACAUUCAUUUUUAUUUGAUAUAUGCAUGUAUAUGUAACAAGGCUCCGCAGUCCACACUAACCUUUUCAUCUUGGUGGCCCGAUCAUUCCACCAAAAUCAUCAAUUUCAUAUUUUGGUGGCCUGCAAAGCAAAUAUGGUGGCCCUAAAACAAUAGAAUACAUUACAAUUUAUCAAAACUUUGGGAGCGCAACCUAGCCACCAAGUGUGGGCUUCUACAGAAUUUUGGUGGCCCAACUCUCAUUUUGGUCACCCUGGGCCACUGCUAAUGUUGAGCCCUGAUAUAUAUAUAUAUAUAUAUAUAUAUAUAUAUAUAUACACACAUAUAUAUCACUUCAGAUGUGGGGUGAGUUUUGUUCAUUAAUAAUGAAUUCAAAUUUCACACAUUUAUAUUUCACAUCUGAAUGUAAUGUCAAAUUGUAUUUUCGUUAACUUAUCACAAUUGUUUUUGUUUUUUGCUAAAUUUGCAUUCCAUUUUCAAAAUGCCUUUUAAUGUAUGUUAUAUUGUCUAAACAUUUAUUAAGAAUAUUAUAAUGAGCACAUAUACUUUGUAUGUAGAGGAAAUUGUAAAUAAGAUUAUCUUUCUCUAAUACAUUCAUAUAUUUUUGUGUCAUACUUUUUCAAUUUAUAUAUUCAAGAUGGCACGUUGACGACAAGAUAUUUUAUAUUCAUGAAAUUUGUUAAUAAGUUCUAGUUUCAUGUACAUGUAUAUUUCAUGAGAAUAGGGCUAGUUGAGGGAUUGAUAUUUAUAUUUCCAUAAUUCUCAAUAGUAUUUAGUUUAGUGGGAAAACAAAUUGCUUUGUUUUAAAGGCAAUUAGAACUUGUUAAUAAAAUUAUUUGAGUGAGAGCAUACAAGAAAAAACGUGACUGAAAAUUUGAAAGAACUUUGACUAGUAGUAAGAAAGUAAGCAUGUUUGAAAUAAAACAUCAACUAAAUAUCUGUAAAUCUAAUGGGGAGAUACAGAAACAUAUAGGGAAUUGCACUUACGGCCUUGCAUAUCUGGAAUAUUACUUGAUUUUGAAUUAAAUUUGAAGUUUCAAAUUGUUAUGCCCCAUAAUAUUGCUUAUUUUGGUUUAUGGACUGUGAUAAAUGCUAAGGGCAACCCUCCUUUUGUUAUUUGUUUGCAUUUUUCUUAAAGAGUGCUGAAAUUCUUGAUAGAUCUGUUUUUAUUAGUCAUAAACGAAAUCCUUAGUAAACGUUUGUUUUAACCCAUGAUCUCCUACAAUCAGAUCGAUCCUGUACAAAGCCUAUUAAAUUUACAGAAUCUAGUAUUCAGCGGCAUUUGAGUCAUUUUGUGGAUUGGAACUUAUUUUGAAGUUACGUCACUUAAUUUGGCUAACUUGAAAAACUCCUGAGUAGAGUAAAUACAAAAGUGAAAAAUUAUGAAAUUCAUUUUUGAGACCUGAUUUCAUUCAAAUUUUAAUUUAUUACACUGUAAUUCAUGCCGUUAUGGUGGUUGAAAAACCUAAACUUGAUACACUUAAAAGAAAGUAGACCCUUGUUGUGUAUAUUAAAAUCAGUAUUACCAACUUAAGUACAGCCUAGGCAAUAAUGUGAUACAAUGUUUUAAGUGCAGAAGAGUAUAUGUUUAUACAUGUAGUUGCUGUGCUACAUAAAGGUACCUAUAACCAUUCAAUUUAUACCAGUAUGUAGUUUCUGUGAUUGAUUUGGGGCAUCUUGAUAUUAAAGGGUGAAAGGAUUCGGGUGUAAAACACAGGAAAACUUGACCUUUGCCGGAUCAUCAUUUUAAUCAAAGCUAGUGACUGAUGUUUUUAUGAUGAUAGAUAAAUCUGAAAUUUAUGUUUGUACUCUGAUUAUGAUAUCACAGGAUACAAGUACUAAUUGAUGAAAAGCGCACAAUGGUCAGUGCAUGAUUUAUAUUUAUUAAUCGUUGCAUCACGUGUAAUAUACUCUGCUUUAUUAAAGUAAUUAAAUUUGGUAAA